GGGUUCACAGGCUGGCUUCCCCCAAGCUGCGGACAGCAUACAGCUCAUUCCUCGACUACGGCAGGAGUUCUUGCUUCCUGGGCAGGGAGUCCCUCCGUUUCAGGGACAUACACAGAUACAAGGUGCCAGUUUGCUGGAACAUGGCUGUGCGUUUGUUAGAUACACAGUAUGAUGCAGAUUCCUAUCAGAAAUACAGAUUCUCUCCCUCUGAAAAUCUCCAAAGUGUCAUCUUCUCCUACCUGGAAGAAAAGAAAGUAGACCCCAUUCGGCUGGCAGUGGAUGUCGGCUGCGGGUCGGGACAAAGCACUCGCGUACUCGCAGCUCGUUUUGAGAAGGUGGUUGGAACAGACAUCAGUGAAGCUCAAAUAGAGGCAGCCAAACAAGCUGCUUCCUUCCCAAAUGUUUCUUACCAUGUGUGCCCUGCAGAGGAGCUGCCAUUUGAGGAUGGUUCUGUGGACCUCAUUACUGCUUUUACAGCUGCCCACUGGUUUGAUCUGCCGAGGUUCAUGAAAGAAGUGGAUCGAGUUCUCAAGCCACAUGGCUGUGUGGCCCUAAGCACCUACACUACAGACUUCAGUAUGCACUAUAAAGACUGCUCGGAGAGGCUUACGGAAAUCUUCACUGAGACCCGGGACCUGCUUCUUAAAUAUGCAGAUGAAAAAGUAAAUCUUGUCAAUGCAGAGUAUAAAGAGGUGUUUGAGUCCGUGCCUUUUCCAGACAAGAAGAGAGUUACCCAGAUCUUAGACAAAAUUCCCAUGUCCGUUUCUGAGGUGAUCGGGCUAUUCCAGUCCUUCUCCAUGUAUCAAGCCUUUCUGAGGAGUGACCCUGAAGCAGCAAAAUCCCUCCUCCAAAAAACUGAACAAAGGUUCCUGGAGACCAUGGGAGUUUGCUCUAAUGAAACCCAGGUAGAGAUCGGGAUAAGGAGUGUUUCUGUUCUAGCCUGCAAGGGGCCGUGAAUGGAAAAUCCAGCGAUGACCCAAGAGCCAGAAGAAAAAUCCCGAUUUUUAGUAUCUACUUAUAACUGAUGUUAUCACCUUUAAAAUAUUUGAUUAAGAUCCCAAUAAAGUCAAUGGCAAAACUCCCAUCUUCUUCAAUGGGAGACAAAGGAGACAUGAAAUCAAAUAGUGUCAAUAUAAGAAGGGCUUUCACAGGGUUGUUGUUUCCUAUUUAGAGAGGAAAAGCUCAGUGUUCUGUCUGUCUGGCCGUCGUUCAACAGGCAUUGGAAGAAAUCAAGGACCCUUUGGCACAUAGAAGGCUGCAGAGAUUGGAUCAUAUAUGGAAUAUUCAAUAAACAUGUUACCUAACA